UCCACAACCAAACAAUUGACGCUUACAUCAAACUUUAUCCUUUUUCUCUGUAAGUAGCCAUAGUCCUAGUUUGGAGCUCUCACUGAUCCUCCAUAGGUGAUCGAGCUGUUGAAACAAAAGGAAAUAUGCAUAACAGAACUGGGGGCCAUUUUCUGGAUAUCCUGAAGGAGGUGGAGGAGCUGAAAGUUCUAGACUGGCUGUUUGCGUUUAGAGAGGCAAAUAAUGUAGCACAUCUGUUAGCUCAUUUUGUUUCUGUUUCUGAGGAAAUUCGUUUUGAAAGUGAUGGUCUACCACAUAUGGUACCUGAUGUUGUAGCCUAAUGAAUCCCUUUUAGUGGUUUCUCAAAAACAGUGACUAGGUUUGAAUUUGGCCAAGACACAAUGGCAUGGCGGGGACUUUGCCACCUACAGGAACAGAAGACAGGAAUUGAGUUUCAUCGGCAGGAACAUGAGGGUUUAUAUCACAGAAUGAAAUCUGCUCAGCAUGGGAUUUGGCUGUUUGGGAAAUCGAAUGGUGCAGUAGGAGACGGGCUAGGGGGUUGGAGUGGGUUUGAGUUUUGGGUUUUUUGGAUUAAUGGGUAUAACGGGUACCUGUAAUACCCAAACGGGUAUUAACGGGUAACCCGCGGGUACCCAAAGUGAUACUUGAUCCCAAGUCUCAUCCUGUAAAAAAAAAUGACGAGUAUUUGGAUACUUAUAACCUUAAAAAAACGAGAUGAAAACGGAUAUACCCAAAUAUCCGUUUCUCGUUGCUAACCCCACUUAGUGCUGGCCAUUGUAGAAAAUAUGUCCACCAUCCAUAAACAAAAAGUAAACGAUGUUUCUUUGGAAUAGAUUAGUUAGUUUGAGAAUCCUUGGAUGGAGAUAAAUCAGAUAUCGCGUAGUUAUAAAACAGAGUGGGCUAUUUUUGAUAUUUUUUCUGUUAAUCAUGUGCAUAUAAAUUAAGGAAUGAGGGAAAUGGAAAGGAAAAGGGAAAAGGGAAACGGGAAAAGAGAAAGGGGGAAAACCAGAGAACGGAGUCGAUAGUGGGGUGCCUCACCGCAUUCCAGCGCAGAAGCAGAUAUUUCUUUCUUGUCUCUACCCUACUGUCUCUGUGCAUCGUAUUCGUAUCAUAAUCAUCUCUCUCUCUCUCACUAUCCACUUCGCAGCAUCCGCUCGCUGCAAAAAGCGCUCUUAAGAACCCCUCCUCCACUCCCUCUCUCCCUUUCCCCCUUUUCCCUCUGUUGACUCCCAGAUCGCCAGGUUCUUCCUCCCGAUCAAGGUAUUGAGGAUCUCCACUGAUCUCUUAUGAUCGCUUAAAAAAGUUUCCUUUUUGUCGCGUGUUCAAUGGAAGAUAUGAUCUGGGUUUAGCUUAGAUGAUGGAUUGGGUGGUUUGGGGUUAUACAUAGAUGGAUUCCAAUGUUCGCGAGCUACAAAGCUAGUUUCUUUGUUUCGCAUUUGAGCUGAUGUAUUGUGGUUGAUGGAUGGGUUGGCUUUAAUUUGAUCUGGGUUCGUUUGUCAAUUUUUUUGUAGUGCGGUGAAGAGAAGAACAAUCAGAUCUAUACAUAAAGAGAGUUAGCCAUGUCGUUCAUUGGCACUCAGGACAAAUGCAAGGCCUGCGAGAAAACUGUGUACCCAAUGGAGCUUGUCUCUGCCGAUGGCGUUCCUUACCAUAAAUCUUGCUUCAAAUGCUAUCACUGCAAAGGCACAUUGAAGCUGGGGAAUUAUUCCUCUAUGGAAGGGGUGCUCUAUUGUAGGCCACACUUUGAGCAGCUCUUCAAGGAGAGUGGUAACUACAACAAGAACUUCCAAUCACCUGCAAAGGCUGCUGAUAAGUUAAGCCCGCAACUGAUGAAGUCCCCCAGCAAAGCUGCCGGCAUGUUUUCAGGGACACAGGAAAAGUGUGCUACUUGUGGUAAAACUGCAUAUCCUCUCGAAAAGGUAACAGUGGAGAGUCAGGCAUAUCACAAGUCAUGUUUCAAGUGCUCUCACGGGGGAUGCUCCAUCUCGCCCUCAAACUAUGCUGCAUUGGAAGGAGUACUGUACUGCAAGCAUCAUUUUUCCCAACUCUUCAAGGAGAAGGGCAGCUACAAUCAUGUCCUCAAAUCCGGAUCCAUCAGGCGUUCAGCAGCAGCAGCCGCCGCCGCCGCAGCUGCUACUGCUUCUGUGCCAGAGCCAGAGUCCUAAAGGCAUUCUCUAUAUCUAAUCGGUGUGGCAUUCUUGUGUAUUUUUCCCCCCUCCCGGUGUGCUUUCCCAUUUUCCUCACAAGGGAGCCGAGAAAAAAACUUGAUUCGGUCCCUGCAUUGUGUCUUUUUAACAUGAGGGUUUCGUUCAGCUGACAGCUGCGUUGAUCAAUUUGUUUGUUGUGCAUUGUGCUUUCGUGGGAUGGGAUGGGAUGCAGUGUGUGCGUUGCAGAAGAAGCAUUGUUAUCUUGGCCCAUUCUUUCCUGGCUAUUGUAAUCAAGUUAGCUGAGGAAG